UUUCUUCCUUCUCUUUCCCACCCCCGACUUCUUAAAACUAAAAUCUGCCGCUGUUCCUGAUUCCCUCUCCCCCCUGCUUCUGUUCCCUCGGUUCUUGUUAUCAUAUCUAUCUAUAUCUUUCCCGCCCUCCCCCAUCCAUAUCUAUCCCACUCACCAUAUACCCUCGAAGCUAUUUUUUUCCCCUGCCGUGUUACUGGACCCCCUCACCCGGCCCUCGGCGCUGAUUCAACACUACCACCCGAUAAGACCUCGGCCUGGAAAACAACUCGACUGUGACCUUGGCAUGAGUGUGAACUAGCUGGUGGACAAAGGACGACACCCGGCCCCAAAGGACCUGGAACCGCUCCCUCUUUCCAAGCGACUCUCACGAAUUUCCUCUUUUCGGCAACUCCGCCGUUUCCGCAUACACCACCGCCAAAAUGCCCGGAAUCCUACCCAUGAAGGUCAUCAAGGUCGGCACCAGCUCCCAGAGCCGGAUCGCCCAGGCCUGCGACCGCUGCCGAAGUAAGAAGAUCCGCUGUGACGGAAUCCGCCCAACCUGCUCGCAAUGCUCCAACGUCGGCUUCGAGUGCCGGACAAGCGACAAGCUCAGCCGCCGCGCAUUCCCCCGCGGCUACACUGAGUCUCUAGAGGAGCGAGUGCGCCAACUUGAGGCCGAGACACGAGAGCUCAAGGACUUGCUGGACGAGAAGGAUGAGAAGAUCGACAUGCUUUCCAAGAUGCACGGCAACCGGAGACGCCCCUCAAUCACCUCCAGCCCAGCUCCCGUCUCCCCGGAGGCCCGGGCCGAAGCCCACGCUGCAAAGGAGGAUACGUUCCGCGUCCAGGCCGCGCCGCUGCUGCUAGGUGUUGAGAACUCGGACUCAUACUUCAUGGGCGCCUCCAGCGGCCGCACAUUUAUCGAGGCCUUCAAGCGCAAGAUCCAAGAGGCGGGCAAGCCCACCACGGAUUUCAAUCCCGAGGCAUUUUUGCAUAUUCAGGGCUGUGAAUCCCUCGGUCCCAAGAGUUCCGACCACUCCAUGCGGAUACCUCCUCGCCUGUUCUCUGACCGCUGUGUCAACGUCUACUUCCAGGAGUGGGCGCCUCUCUUCCCCAUCCUCCACAAGCCCACAUUCCUCCACAUCUAUGAGGAAUUCGUCGCCGACCCCGAGAAGGUCAAGAGCAACCACAAGCUCGCUCAACUCUACCUCGUCUUCAACAUCGCAGGCCUCUCAUCCGAUAACCCUGAUCUCCCCCAGCUGGCCAUCUGUGAGCAGCAAUGGCGCAAGGCGCUCGACGCUGUUCUCAUGGAGAACACCAUGAACACUCUCCAGUGCCUCACCCUGGCCCUCCUCUACUGCACAAUGCGCUCCGACUACAAGCGACUCCAACACUACAAGGGCAUCGCCAUCGGUCUUUCGCACCGCCUAGGCCUGCACCAGAGCCAGAAGCGCUUUUCUUUCGGCGCCUUGACCAUCGAGACGCGAAAGAAGGUCUUCUGGACUCUAUACACCCUUGACUGCUUCUCUGCUGCCAUUCUGGGACUUCCUAAGCUCCUCAGGGAGGAGGACAUUCAGGCUGAGUACCCCGCCGACACUGAUGACGAGUACGUCACCGAGAAAGGCUUCCAGCCAACUCUCCCUGGCGAGUACACUCGGCUGUCCAGUGCCCUAGCUCUGUUCCGUGGCACGCGCAUCCUCGCCAAGGUCUUGGAGAAGAACUAUCCUGCCUCGUCGUCCCAUGACCUGUCGCUGCAGCAGAUGUCGUCCCUUGACGCCGAGCUCGACGCUUGGUACGACAACCUGCCGACGCAUCUGAGACUCACCUUUGCGCAGGACAAGCCCUCCACAGAUGUCACUGGCAGCCGAUCGCCCCUCUUGGCGCUGGCUUACUACUACAUCCGCACCCUUAUUUACCGCCCCGCUGUGGGUUCCAGCCUGGGACAGAAGGCGGCGCACGCAUUGAUCUCCAUCGGCACAUCCAGCAAGCAUAUCGUGCAGAUCAUCCAGCUGCUCGAGGAGCGUGGCAUGACCUUCUCCUUCUGCCUGAACAAGACCGACCUCCUUGUUGUUUGUGGCAUGACCCUGCUGUACCAGUCCAUCGACCUCAAGCAUGACAGCAAGCUGAUGCUCGAUGACGAGCGCCUGGUCAACUCUGUCAUCAAGAUCCUCGGCAAGACCAAGGCCUCUAGUGCUCUCGACUUCAAGCGCGUGGCUAGCACUCUUGUUUCGGUCGAGGAGCCUAUCGGCUCGCCUACCAUGGCAUCUUCACGUGAGGCUUCCAUGCCGGUCCCCUCCAACCGAGGAUCCCCACCUGCGGGAGUCGCCCCCAAGAAGAAGACCGCCCCCUACCCCUUCGGUCAGCUUCCUGGUGCCGCCUCCAGCGAGAGCGACCUGAUCCAGCAGCAGGAGAAGUUGCGGCGCAUGACAAUGCCGAGCGGAGUGGGUCAGCGGCCAGACUUCUACCGAUCUCGGUCGCGCCAGUCAUUCGACAAUCUCCAGGCCGAGGCUCCCAUGGCACACCGAGACCACCGCAUGUCCAUGUCGCAAAUCUCCAACGCCGCCAACCACAAGAGCUCGCCACUAUCACGACCCAAUCUGGACUUCAUGUCGUUCGGAACGCCUUCCGGAUCUCAGCCCUCGUCGCCUCAACAGAACCGCCUCCACCCUCAGCAGGCCCAGCCCCCGCAUGGCCACCCUGCAAUGGCGCAGUCGCCCAUGGCUGCUGGCAAGAUGACGAAUGUGUCGAGCACUGAGUGGGAGACCCUGCUUGGCUCUCUGGAUGGUGGGCUGAACAAUGUGUACGACGCCAUCUAUGGUGGCCAAGCCCUGGUCAACGAGGCGUCCAUUGCCGUCAGCAACUGCAGCGACUGGCCUCCGGAUACGUGGGACCUCAGUGGCUUCAGCAUCGACAACCCUGAACCCCCACAGAGCGUCCUGAGCAUGAGCGACGAGAGCCUCAGCUCGGGCGAGGAGGUCGGCCCCUCGGAGAUGGGUCUGAGCGUGAGUAGCGUCGACUACCGCAAUCAGAUGAUGCCGCAGAACUGCCAGAAUGGUGACAGGUACAUGAUGGAUCGCAUGGAGGCGUCGUUUCCUAUGUAAGGGCCAAAACUUUGAUACCUCUGGGUGGCAGGUGUUUUAUUUGGGAAACUCUUAUGGCUUCGGGGUGGCUUAUUUGAAAUGAUUUGUGUUUUGAACAUGCGAUGUUCACGGCGCCCGAGUUGGGAUGGUUGAUUUGAUGGGACACGUUUCUGGCAGGGCCUUGAAUUCUUUCACGAGAUGGCAACUGUCGCUACUAUGACGGAGCGAGUCGGUUUGGUUGGUUCUACUUGAUAUGUAAUGUGAUGUUGGGAGUCAAGGUAUGGGAUUGGGACUACCCAGCAGUUUCUGCUUUUUAACGCUUAUUUUCAAAUCUUGGAUGGUUUGCUGGAAGUGCGAUAGUCACAAUGACAAUCGAUUGUCAAGGGCAGCCUAGCAGCGCCGCGAAUGGCUGGCUACGACUGGCCAAGUAUAUAGUUCAGAGUUAUAGCAUAGCAUAGCUCAAAACAGACCGGUUUGGAAACGU